UCGAUAUUAUGUCAUUACUUUAUCAGUUUGGUCCAGCCUGAUUUGCUUCCAAGUUCCAAUAGUCAAUAUUCAAAUAAAGCUAUUCAUAUGCCAAAACGCCAGAAACCGUUAGCGUGUCUGUUUCUUCUUCCCUCCUUCUUCUCUCUCCUCCAUUGAAGCUGCUCAGAUCCCAUCACUUCUUUCUAUUCAAAUCAGCUGCCCUUCUGCUCCACUGAAUCAAGGAAACUGCUUUUAUACAACUUUUGUGGAGUUUAUACCUUUCGGAGGGGUGAGGGAUUUAAGGCUUGGACAUUAUCAAGCACCUCAAAUUAUCGAAAUUUGGGUGGGGAUGUUGUUAUGAAAGGUGGGAUUUCCAAAACCAGACCUUUAGUUGAGGGUUGAGGAGAAUUGUACAGUAUGCUCAUUAUAUGGUUUUUGGGAUCAUCUCUGUUACAUUUUCAUGUGUUGGCAAGGUUGAGGCCUUGUAGUACAAUGAGAUGAAAAAGUUAUUGCAGAGCUUUGCUGUGAUCAUAAUGAAAGAGUUUUUCCGGCUCUGUGCUGGGUUAAAAAUUGACUGGAAAAGGUUAAUCUUUGCUGGGGCCUUUAUGACAACAGCCGGUGUGAUUCUGCAAAUGUUUCUACUUACUGAUCCAAUUGACAUGUGGUCCCUCUCCCUACCCAUUGCAAAUGUGUCAGACGAAUCAUUGAACAGUAUCAGGAGCUUUAAUCAGACCUUUAGUGAGGGAAGGGUCAAAAGAUUGCAACUCAUUUCUGCUGAAGUUCCCAUUGUUCCACCAAACUCUUCUCUUAAGUUGAAUCUCUCAGUUCCAGUUAUGCCAUAUAUUGGCACAGUUCCUACAGGGAGAUCAAGAAGGAGAAAGAAAGGUGGAAAUGUAGAUAACAUGUCAAAGGUCAUACCUCCUCCUGACCCUCCACGUAUGCAUGUGCCUUAUCGUUUGCAGAAAUUCAUUUGGUCCUUGACACCCAAUGAGGCACUUGUGUAUGCGAAGAAAGAGAUUGAUCAUGCCCCUGAAGUUAUUGAUGAUCCUGAUCUAUAUGCCCCUUUAUUUCGAAAUAUGUCUGUUUUCAAAAGGAGCUAUGAGUUGAUGGAAUUGAUACUUAAAGUUUACAUUUACAGUGAUGGGUCAAGGCCCAUAUUUCAUGUACCUCAUCUCAACGGAAUUUAUGCUUCUGAAGGAUGGUUCAUGAGGUUGAUGGAGGGAAACAGGCAAUUUGUCACAAGAGACCCAGAAAAGGCUCACUUAUUUUAUCUUCCUUACAGCAUGCGCCAAUUGGAGUUGAAGCUUUAUGUACCUGGUUCACAUCAAAUUAAACCACUGGCAAUAUUCCUCAGAGACUAUGUGAACAUGAUUGCUGGGAAGUAUCCUUUCUGGAAUCGCACACAUGGGACAGAUCAUUUUCUUGUUGCUUGCCAUGACUGGGGGCCUUACACGCUUACUCAGCACGAGGAACUGGCCAACAAUACAAUAAAAGCUCUAUGCAACGCUGACACCUCAGAAGGAGUUUUUGUUGCUGGGAAGGAUGUUUCACUGCCAGAAACUAAUAUUAGGAACCCCAGGGUUCCCCUUAGAAAUAUUGGUGGAUUAAGAGUGUCACAGCGCCCACUCCUUGCCUUCUUUGCAGGACACAUGCAUGGCAGAGUCCGCCCGAUACUUCUCAAGUACUGGCGGGACAAACAUGAGGACAUGAAAAUCUAUGGGCCUCUGCCCUCUAGAAUCUCCCGAAAGAUGUCAUAUAUCCAGCAUAUGAAGUCAAGUAAAUUUUGUAUUUGCCCAAUGGGGUAUGAAGUGAACAGCCCUAGGAUCAUUGAAGCCAUAUAUUAUGAGUGUGUCCCAGUGAUAAUUGCAGAUAAUUUCCCCCCUCCUUUGAGCGACGUGCUAGACUGGAGCAAAUUUUCUGUUAUUGUGGCUGAGAAGGAUAUCCCCAAGUUACGAGAGAUUUUAUUGGCUAUUCCUAUGAGAAGAUACAUGGCUAUGCAAACAAAUGUGAAAAUGGUGAAAAGGCAUUUUCUUUGGAAUCGAAGGCCAAUCAGAUAUGAUUUAUUCCAUAUGAUUCUGCAUUCCAUCUGGUUAAGCAGAUUGAGCCAGAUUCAAAUCCCAGAAUCCUAGUAUAUGUUUAACAAGUGCUCUAGAGGAUGUUAACUUCUCAAAAUAGGUUUAGUUCGAAUGAGGAGCUGUUUAGAGCAAGACUAGUGACUAAGAUGCAAGUCCAAGAAGGGAAGCAACUGCUAAUAUUAUGAAGGACUUCAACCAGCACUGGGUGCCUGCAACAGUUGUUUCAUGGUUAGUGUCCCAAGUUCUUUGAACUGAAACAUGGAUGAAUAUUUUCUGGGAUGAUGGGGUUGGAUGCCAAACUGAAAAUUCUUACUGCAGGAAAGAUGAAAUGCAUCGAGUCUCCAUAGCUUCUCAAACAAAGCUCUGAUGUUCCAUUACAAUUUUCUGAUCAUUGCCCUUUAUACCAUAUACAGAUGACCCUAUAUGUUUCCAUUAUACAAGUUGAGUUUGCCUUUGUUCUAGAAUUAAGCAAUAAUUCUUGACGCUGAAAUUGAAAUCAUUUAGGAACAAACAUUUGAGAUUCUCACAAACAAGUUAUAUACAUACAGCCAUACAGGAUAGAUGGUUCUUAUUGUGGGGUGCGAUUUUGAUGUUUUCUUUAUGUACAGAUGGUGUCUUCCUUUUGUUGGAGAAUAUUUUGAGUUGAAAGUCUGUAAAUGGUGCUGCUGACAUGUAAAUCAUUUUCGAACAAUUUUUUUUAUAUAACCUGACCUGCAUACCGAUCAUGUAGGUUCUUAUAUAUGAACAGUUAUGACUUUGAUGCUUUCAAA